AUGGUCUAUACAACCAAGCUUUAUGUCCUGUUGGCGAUCGGAGUUGCUCUGAACGUCGUCCGGGCUGCGCCCACACAAUCGUCAAUCAAUAACAAGGCCAUUUGCACAACCCCACAAUGUGUCCUCACAGCAGCAGGCGUCAUCAACGACAUGGACCCCGAGAUCGACCCAUGUCAAGACUUUCGGCAGUUCGCUUGUGGAGGGUUCGAUGAAAGGAAUGAGAUCCCUGCCGAGACAAUAUCUGCCGAUUACUUUAGCGUUAUUUACAACGACAACAGUCGUGUUAUCCGCUCGAUCUCAGAAGUGUCCCUCGGUAAGGCGCCCAAGCCUGCUGCCGGAGACGCGGCUGAAGAAAGUAAUCUCAAGAAGCUUCACGACCUAUAUGACAGCUGCAUGGACGAGGCCACGAUUCUCAAGGUGGGCCGCAAACCUAUUGUUGACCUUCUCCACAAGCUCCUUGAGUCCCUCCCUGACAGCAAAUCGACCGGUGUCGACAAGUCAGUUCUUACCAAGGCGUUGGGUCAGGUCUCCAAGCUGGGAUUGAACGGCUUCCUUUCAUUCUUGGUCAUGCCGGAUGGGAAGGAACCUAUGAUCAACUCUUUGGUGGUCUCUGAAGGUGGACUGGGAUUGCCUGCAAAGUCGUUAUAUGAGGUGCCUGCCAUUGUCGAGAUCUAUCAAGGGAUCGUUGCACAAAUGUUCCAGAUCAUUGUGGGAGAUGAGGAUGUCGCCAACCGAACAGAGCCUCUUUUGCCCAAGGAUAUCACGCAGGAGUGGUUGGAUGUCGCUAAGGAUGUCGUGGCCUUUGAGACCCAGCUUGCGUCAAUUGGAACCGAAAUCGUGGAUCAAAGGGACCCGCUCAAGUUCAACAACCCGCGUACUGCCGAAGAGUUGUCGGUCAUGACCCCAUCGAUCGACUGGCCACUAUUGGUCCAGGAACUUCUCCCUGCCGGCGCCCAAUACAAUCGAACCAUUCUCGCCCUCUCAGUACCGUAUGUCACCAAGCUGGACACCAUCCUCAAGAACACCACAACCACAACUCUCCAGCACUACUUCUCUUGGCUUACCAUCAGCACCUAUGCCACGAACCUCGCUGAGCCGUACAAGCAACCCUUGACUGCCCUUUUCGCCACUCUGAACGGAAUGUCGCCAAAUAUCAAGGUCGAUCGUUGGAAGGCCUGUAUCGCCAAUGUCAACACGAACGUGGGCGAGAUUGUUGGUCACUACUUUAUCAAGGAGCGGUUCAAAGGCAACAGUCGUCAGGACUUUACGGACAUCAUCGAGUCCCUCCGGGAGACCUACACCAAAGCCAUGCCCGCAUACGACUGGCUCGACAAAUCGACUCUCGACGGUGCUCUAAAGAAGCUGGCGGCGAUUGAACCUUUGGUCGGAUACUCGACGGGCUCUCCAAAUGUCCCUUCAACAAAAUCACUGCAGGAAUACUAUGAGGGCUACGACGUAGCCGCGGACGACUAUUUUGGCAACAUGUUGAAGUUUGCGACUUGGCAGAGCGAAAUGACGAUGGCCCAGGCCGGCAAAACUAUUGACCGCAAGAAGAUGCUCACGACCCCCCAGACGGUCAAUGCCUUCUACAGCCCCUACGCCAACCAAGUCUUGGUCCCCGCUGGUAUUUUGCAGUUCCCUUACUACCAUGUCGAGAACCCAGAAUAUGUCAACUAUGGCGCCAUGGGUGUCAUUGCUGGCCAUGAGAUCACUCAUGGAUUUGAUAGCAUGGGAUCUCACUUUGAUCCUCAGGGCGCUCUCCGAAACUGGUGGACAAACGGGACAAUGACGGCGUUCAACAACAAGGCAAAGUGCUUCGUGGGCCAGUACAACAACUUCACGAUCAAUGGACCCGACGGCAGCGAGAAUAAUGUCGAUGGCGCUCUGACACUGAACGAGAACAUUGCCGACAAUGGAGGGCUCAAGCAGACCUUCCGUACCUGGCAGAACCGCCACAAAUCUGAUCCCUCUGGCAAAAAAUACAAGAACUUCAGACUGCCAGGACUGGAAAAAUACACGCCCGAGCAACUGUUCUUCAUUUCAUAUGGUCGUUUGUGGUGCGCAAAAGUGCGGCCAGAGGCUGAGGUCCAGUUACUCCAGACCGAUACCCAUUCUCCCGCAAAGUGGCGCAUUAAUGCCCCCGUCAUGAACUUGCCCGAGUUCUCGGAGGUGUUCAAAUGUAAGGCUGGCAGUCCUAUGAACCCUGCCAAGAAAUGCGAGCUGUGGUAG